UAGGAUUUCUAUUUCUGACUUUAUUGAGUCAACAUCUCAAAGAGAUAGAGAGAUAGAGAGAAAGAGAGCACUAUUCUUAUUAUAUUUUUCCUCAGCCUGUAGCUUGCCGCUUUAAGAUGAGCAUCGUCGUGGUCUCCAAGGAUCUCACUUUUGAGCCAUCCUUUGACAAAUUUAAGAAAUCGCUUUUCAAUAUUCUCGAGGCGAUAUGCAACGCCGUGAGGAAUUUUGAAAGAUUGGAGACGCAGCUUUACCUCGACUGGGCGGGACCUCCAGAAUUUCUCAAGCCGCAGAUAUCACAGCCCAUUAUAGAACAGCUCAAGAGACAGAUAAAUCAGUUGAUCGAUUACGAAAGAAUAAUCCCGGAGCGAAAGAUGGCGGAAUUAAGAAAAUACAUGCACUUUUACAACGAUGAGGAGCUUAACCGGGUGGAAGCUUUUUUGCGAUUCGAAAAGAAGAAGUUAGACGAGUACGAAGAGAAAAUUAAGCUGUAUCACGAUCUCGCCCGAAGAAUACCGAUUGAGAUUGAGAGAACAAUUUUCGCAGGAUUCUUCGAAGUAUCUCACGCGCCCUUCGUCAGGACCAUGGUGGAGAACAUCGAACAUCUGAAAGGACUUCUAGUUUCUUACCUUGUUGAUCGAUAUCAGAAUACGACGAAGAAUGUCAUAGCAGAAUAUGAAGCUAUAUCCGAGCGAGUCCUGACCCCGCCUCCCAAUACUGCGGCUCUGAUGAAACUCGUCAAGUUCGUUCAAACUACCAGUGACGUCACUUUAAAGAGCCUGGAGCUCAGACUGCUGGACGUGAUCGAGCACAUCACGUUUCUGUCGGAUUAUUGGUUGCUAACGGAGAGCGAGAUAAGUAACAACAGCGUGGCCUUUCAAUGGUAUCACAGAAUGCCCCAGAUCUUCGAGGACAAUCGGGUGAUCAUCGAGAACAAGAUGCAGGAGUAUCAAGAUGCGCUGAAAGUUAGAUAUCAGAAGUUUGAGGAGGAAUUGGAUUCAUACACGAAGCAAGUGGAGGAGAUGCAAUAUUGGGGCGACAUCGAGGAAGUGUCUCGAUACCAGCGCAGAGCGCAAACUUUAGAGACCCGGCUGAUCACGGCAAUGGACAAGAUCUACAAGUUCAACGAGGAAGAGAUUGCCUUCCACUGGGAGAUCACGCAAUAUCCUCUGCGAAAACAAAUUGCCGAUCGUUUGCAACCGUUCAAGAAGCUCUUUGACAGCAUCUGCGAGUAUUUGGCCAAAUAUGACAAAUGGAUAAAUAGUACAAUCGGCAGCUAUAAUCCUGAAGAGAUCGAUAACGAAGUAACACAAUAUUACAGAAUUAUAUACAAGCUGGAGAAAGCGUUUCAGGAGCCGGACGUGCGCAAGUUGGCGGCUGCAGUACGUGAGAAAAUCGAGGACUUUAAAGAUCGGAUGCCCACGAUAAUGACCUUGGGUAAUCCUGGGUUAAAAGUGCGGCACUGGGAGCAGAUUUCAGCCAUAGCGGGUAUUCCUAUCAAAGUCGACGUCGAUUUAACGCUAGGCAAGGUCCUAGCUAUGGGUCUGGAUCCUUACAUCGCGCAGUUUGAAGGUAUCUCCGAAGCCGCUACAAAAGAAAACACUCUAGAGAAAAGCAUGGACAAGAUGCAGCUGGACUGGAUCGAUCUAAUCUUCACAGUAAAUCUUUACAAAGACACUGGCACUUAUGUUAUCGCCAGCGUCGAUGACAUACAACUUUUGUUGGAUGAUCAUAUUACGAAAGCAGUGAUUAUCAAGAACUCACCUUACAUUAAACCCUUCGAAGUUAGAAUAAUAGUGCAACCGCAUUUGAAAAAAUGUUUCGAGGGUAUAGCUCGACUGAAGUUCAAUGAGGAUCUCGAAGUGCUGGCGAUGCGAUCUACGGAAGGUGAAGAGGUCGAAAUUUUAGAGAUCAUAUCUACUUCCGCUGCCAGAGGCCAAGUUGAGAAGUGGUUGAUCGAAAUCGAAACUGAGAUGCGGAAAAGCGUGCUUUACAUGGUGCAUCAAGCGAUCCUGGCAUAUCAUGCCAAGGAGAGAACGGUCUGGGUUCUUGAAUGGCCCGGCCAGACAGUCCUCUGUGUGGGUCAGACGUAUUGGACGCAACAAGUCGAGGAGGCCAUGUUGGAAGGAGUGACCGGUUUAAAGAGAUACUUAGCGCAAUGUCAGGAAGAGUUAAACAACAUUAUUCUAUUAAUUAGAGGAACCCUCUCAAAGCAGAAUCGUAUCACCUUAGAGGCGCUGGUUACUUUGGAUGUUCACAGUAAAGACGUCCUCGCAGAACUGUACAACGAGCAAGUGGUAAAAAAUACUGACUUUAGAUGGUUGUGUCAGCUUAGAUAUUACUGGCUGGUAAGGAUACUUAAUAAAUGCAAUAAAUAA